CUUCUUCAACAACAACAACACGGCUACUGAUUCAGCCAUCUCUGUACCGUUAGCUUAUUAGCCAACAUAAAACCUACCCAUUGCAUCACUUUGGACCUUUUUUUUGUAUAGCUACACAGAUAUUAGUGUUUUAAACGCAAUUCUGAUAACGUAUGUACUAGUUGAUUUAAACGGAAUUUGCAAUUUAAGAUUGAUACUGAGCCUAACACUAGGGCAGUCGCUCAUGCUAACGUUAGCUAGCUUACAUCCCCGAUAAUGAGCUCACAAAGCUUAUCCCCCGCUGUUAAAAAAGAUGUCUGCUGGACAGAGAAAGAACCUCCGGGGCUGAACAUUGUCGUGAAAGAAGAAGAGGGGGAUACAGUAAAAGGAGAGGAAGAAUCUUUCAGAACGACGAAGGAGAAAGAGGAGGCUAUCACAUUGAAAGAAGAAGAGGGGGUUGUUAUGGUGAAUGAAGAGAAACGUCCUUUUGUAGUGAAAGAGGAAGUAGACCAAUUCAGAAUGAAAGAGGAGACUAUCACAUUGAAAGAAGAAGAAGAAUAUUGUAUAGUGAAAGAGGAAGAGGAAGAGAUAGCUAUCUCAAUAAAGGAGGAGGAAGACGUUUUGGAACUGAAAGAGGAGGAAGGAGAGGAGACUGAAGACACCAAACCAAGGCAAAAUGCUGUUUUCUGGCCCUCCCAGGGCUGUAUAGUGAAAGAGGACAUCAGAAAGAUACAGGAAGAAUAUAGUGUGGCACCCGUGAGUCCCAGCCAGACUGUUGAUGAUGAUGACAAUGCUAUUCACUACAAUGAAGAAUGGAACAUGGAGGACAAGGAUUGGUUUCCUAGCAACUGGCUGGGGGACACGUCUUUCCCGCCCCCCUCCCGUCUCCUGGAGUCGUCAGGUCGUGCCUCACUGUGGGGUCUGAAGAGGGUGUCUGUGCGGCUAGUCGAUUGCAUGAAAACACAGGGGCUGAGUGGAACUGCGAGAGGAGAUGAAAAGGGAGGUUCAUAUUCAAUGUCAUCAGGAGAGAGACUAGACUCUCACUCGAACAGCGGAAAGUGUACUUCAGGGGAACCAGACCCAGAGAUGCCCAAACCAGCAAGACAACACCGCUGCUCGCAGUGUGGAAAGAGUUUUACUAAGUUACGGAACCUUAAAGAUCAUGAAAGAAUACACACAGGAGAAAAGCCUUACCACUGCUCACAAUGUGAAAAGAGUUUUACUCAGUCAGGGCACCUGAAAUCACAUGAGAGGACGCACACAGGAGAAAAGCCUUACCCCUGCUCCCAAUGUGGAAAGACUUAUACCCGGUUAGGGCACCUUAAAGACCAUACGAGAACGCAUAAAGGGGAGAAGCCUUACCACUGCUUUCAGUGCGGAAAGAGUUUCACCCAGUCAGGGAACCUGAGAACGCAUGAGAGAAUACACACUGGGAAAAAAAACACACACUCUGUAGAGAGGCCUUUCCAAUGCGCUCAGUGUGGAAAGAAAUUUAUCCGGUCAACUCAUCUGAAAGAGCAUAAGAGAACACACACAGGAGAAAAAACAUUCCAAUGCACUCAGUGUGGAAAGGGUUUUACUUGGUUAUGGACCCUGAAAGACCAUGAAAGAACACACACAGGAGAUAAGCCUUUCCAAUGCUUCCUGUGUGGAAAAAGUUUUACCCAUUUAGGGAACUUAAAAAUGCACAAGAGAAUACACACAGGAGAGAAGCCUCACCACUGCUCCCAGUGUGGAAAGAGUUUUACCCAGUUAGGGCACCUGACAACACAUGAGAGGACACACACAGGAGAGAAGCCUUUCUACUGCUCCCUGUGUGGAAAGAGUUUUACUGAGUUAGGGAGCCUGAAAAAACAUAACAGAAUACACAAAGGAGAGAAGCCUUUCCAGUGCUCCCUGUGCGGAAAGAGUUUUACCCAGUUAGGGAGCCUGAAAACACAUGAGUGGACACACACAAAAGAGAAGCCUCACCUCUGCUCACAGUGUGGAAGGGGUUUUGUUGAGUUAAGGGGCCUGAAAGAGCAUGAGAGAAUACAUACAGGGGAAGAGAAAACAUACCACUGUUCUCAUUGUGGGAAGGGUUUCGGGCGAUCAGGGCAUCUAAAAGUGCAUGAAAGAACACACACUGGCGAGAAGCCGUAUCAGUGCUCCCAGUGUGAAAAGAAAUUUUUCUCAUCAGGGGACCGGAAAUCACAUGAGAGAACACACUUAGUAGGGAGGCAGAGGGCUUUCCAAUGCUCUCAGUGUGGGAAGAGAUUCAUCCAGUCAUCUCAUCUGAAAGAUCACAUGACAAUACACACGGGAGAAAAACCAUUCCAAUGUUCUCAGUGUGGAAAAGGUUUUACCAGGUUAAGGAGACUGAAAACACAUGAGAUGACACACACAGGAGAUAAAUAAUCCUUUCAAAUCCUCUUAGUGUGAAAAAGCUUUUACCUGGUUAGGACACCUUAAAAUACCUAGUCAAGAUACUUGAAAAAAACAUGCGCUAACACACUUUGCAGAGAAUCCUUGAAUCAAUCCACACUGCAGGAAAAUAUAUUUUUAUAUGAUUAAGUUAACUCAUUGAUCCUGCUUUGUUAUAUACCCCUCAGGUCUAAGUCUGCGAAAAGGAAAGCAGGCCCAGUCCUUGCCGUUCUGCCACCCUAGGCGAGAAAAUAAAUUGCCGCCAUCCUCCCCUCUCAUACUUCAGUAAAAGUAAAGACUCAAGUCAAAGUGCAAGUCGCCCAGUAAGUUACUACUCGAGUAAAAGUAUUUGGUUUUAAAUAUACUUAAGAUUCAAAAGUAAAUGUAAUUGCAAAAAUAUACUUACAGUGCAUUCGGAAAGUAUUCAGACCCCUUGACUUUCCACAUUUUGUUACUUUACAGCCUUAUUCUAAAAUUGAUUAAAUAGUUUUUGCCCCUCAUCAAUCGACACACAAUACCUCAUAAUAACAAAGCAAAAACAGGUUUGGAUGUAUAAAUGUAUAAAAAAUAAAAAUGGAAAUAUCACAUUUACAUAAGUAUGCAGACCCUUUACUCAGUACUUUGUUGAAACACCUUUAGCAUCAAUUACAGCCUCGAGUCUUCUUGGAUAUGAUGCUACAAGCUUGGCAGACCUGUAAAAAACAUUUAUUUAAUCAGUUUUAUAAUAAGUCUGUAAUGUAACAAGAUGUAGAACAAGUCAAGGUGUCUGAAUACUUUCUGAAUGCACUGUAAGUAUCAAAGUAACAGUAUAAAUCAUUUAACAUUCCUUAUAUUAAGCAAACCAGAUGCCACAAUUUUUCUGUUUUUAUUUUUUUUAUUUACGGAUAGACUCAGACUCCAACACUCAGACAUAAUUUACAAACAAAGAAUUUGUGUUCAGUGAGUCUGCCAGAUCAGAGGCAGUAAGGAUGACCAGGGAUGUUCACUUGAUAAGUGUCAAUGUUUUAAAAUUUAACUUUUAUUUAACUAGGCAAGUCAGUUAAUAACAAUUUCUUAUUUACUAUGACGGCCAAACCCGGACGUCGCUGGGCCAAUUGUACGCUGCCCUAUGGGACUCCCAAUUACGGCCGGUUGUGAUACAGCCUGGUGUCUGUAGUGACGCCUCUAGCACUGAGAUGCAGUGCCUUAGACCGCUGCGCCACUCGGGAGCCCAUGUUAGUAACAAGUUAUUUUGGGUGACAGGGAAAAUUCAUGGAGUAAAAAGUAAACGUAAAAAAUAUAAAUAGUAAAGUACACACACCCCCAAAAAAGGCUCAAGGUGUACUUUUGAAGUAUUUUUACAACACUGUGCCCAUCCAUGUGGUACCUUUUGUAAAACAUGCAGUUGCAUUGGAUUUAUUAGUUCUGGUGUUAGUCCUGGUUCCUGACAAAGGUUUUUCUAUUUAAGCUUUGAAUAUCAAUUCCCCAAGUUUAUCAGGCUUUAUCUUGAGACUAUUUGCUAUGAGAAUCAACGUGUUUACACAGCGGGAAAUGCAGAUGUGUUUUCUUCGCUAUAAUCAGCUGGUCAAAAAUCCAGGGAUACAGAUCUUAAACACUUAUCUAUUUUACUACUGCAGUGAAGUUAGCUUUAUAUUGAAGAUUCUGACUUUACUCGUCAAUACCUCAACAGAACAUGCCAGGAAAAUUAUACAAAUCAGCUGACAAUAGCGAACAAGUUACACCCGUUGUUUUAACAUAUUUACUUUUUGGAGGCAAAAUUUUGCUAAAACAUUGCUCUCCUCUGCUCCAAGGGGUAAGGGGCCCAUUUUAAAACAGAAACGCUUACUAUAGCAUGUUAAUGAACAAUGUCAAUAUCUUCUCAACCACAGACAUACCCAGAUAACACAUUUUGGUUCUGGCAACGGUCCCUCAAGGUUGUGGGAACGUUCCCUGAACGUUGCACCAAUGUUCCCUAAAGGUUUUAACGUUCUUAUAACGUUCUCUUUUGGUUUUACAAAGAUAGCGGGGCACGUUCUCUGAAGGUUACACUGUAGGCAACGUUCUCUGAAGGUUCUGGGAAUGUUAACAAUGGUCCCUAAAGGUUCAAAAUUAUGGUUUUCUUAACACACACACUGGAUGGCACAAUUAAAUAUUAACAAUUAAUUCUUAUAUUUAUACCAGUUAUCCCACUGAAGACAUUUUUUAAAAGUAUACUACAUCAUAACUGACUUUAUAUGUGCAAAUAAAAAAUACAAGUUUCAAAUUACAGUCACGUCAAACAGCGCAGCCAGAAUAACAACAAAGUAGCUGCAUUUGCAUGUGUUUGUUGUUUUCUAGUGACAUUUAUUUGGAUACAUCCAUAACAAUGAGCUAAUGAAGCGCGAUUUCACCUGGCAUAGAAAAUGUGCUCUCUCUUGUCAGGACACUGUUGCUCGAGAGCUAGCCAACAACACAGCUAACACAAUCAUUUUAAACGGAAGCUGGAAAGACUACAAACUAGCUGCACAUUGUUUUGUUUGACCUGUUUUCUAUUGCUAGUUCUUUGUAUAUAUCCAUAAAAAUGUUGAUUCAUGAUUUCGAACUGGCUGAGAAAAGCUGCCUACCUGUCUGUCUCAUCCCAACACGUUCAUUACUAUGGGACAGGUGAAGAUCGAAUUUGAAUAUUGAAACAAUUUAGCAAAUGUUGAAGAGACAGACAGCAAGGUUUAUACAAAUCUCCAAUGUUGAAAACUAAAUGUUAGUCUAAAAGAAAUGGGAGAUAAUGUCUACAUGCUUUUUAUAGUGGAGAUCAAGUUUAUAAAUUGCCUGGCUGGGCUGAUGAGACAGGGGAUUGCACAGGCAGAUGGAACAGAGUAAAUAGGCAUUUUAACAUCAUAGAUUUAGCCGGUGGUAACUUGUGGAGUAGACACAGGCUGGAAUGCGUUUUUAAGCAAUCAGGAUUAGACCCACCUGUUGUAUAAGUGUAAAACUAACAAUGACUCAAUAACCCAUGCCUUCUGCGAAUGCUAUAAAGUUCAAAAGUUUUGGGCGGAGUUAGAAAGUUGUCUGUCAGAAGUAUCAAAAUGUAAAUGUACUUUUAAUCCGUCUGUCUGCAUAUCAAGACAUGGCAUACGAAUGAGCAGUGAGAUACCCGACGGGCUGGAUGAUACUUUUCUCAUCAACCAUCUUGAAAAAAUGCACACUUAACUGGAAAUCAACCAAUCUUCCAUCGCUAACACAAUGGAAUGGUCAAAUAUUUUAUUAUCUAAAUGUUGAAAGUGCGUGGGUGACAGAGAGAAACAAAAUGGUGCAGUUUUAGGCCAUGUGGCGGAAAGUGAUGCUGGCGCUGGAGAUUAAUGGGGGGGUGAGCAGAUAGGUCUGGCCAGAUGUGAUGACGUUGAUGUUUGUGUGCUGUUGUUUGGAUGUGCAUGUUUAUUAUUGUUUUAAAAAAUAUAUAUAAUUUUAACAGUUAACACAUUUAUAAUUUUAGUUAACAAUUCAGAAAUCUGCAACCUGGUGACUGCCUCAUGAAGCUGGUUGAGAGAAUGCGAAGAGUGUCCAAAGGUGGCUAAAUAUAUCUUUAUUUGUUUAACACUUUUUUGGUUACCACAUGAUUCCAUGUGUGUUAUUUCAUCGUUUUGAUGUCUUCACUAUUCUACAAUGUAGAAAAUAGUCCAAAUAUAGAAAAACCCUUGAAUGAGUAGGUGUGCCCAAACUUUGGACUGGUACUGUAUAUGAAUGUAUUUUCACAUUUGUUUUGAAUGUUCCUAAUUUAGAGUCACUAAAGUGUACCUCUGGUGCUGCAGACAUUGUUGUUUUCUGAGCUGACAUUUUUAAUAAAUGUUUAAUAUACAUUUAAAUAAAAGUGAGAAUCAAACAUG